GUGUACGGUCGGCUACACGUUCAAUACAAUCUCGCUUACAUAUUUUGUCCACGAUAAUUCUCUUUUUCAUGUAAAAGAAAAAAGAACACGAAGAAAACAGGAUACACAAUAUUUUAUUCGUAGAAGAUUAUCCUCCUUGGAUCAUUCGAUUCAAACUAUUACGAAAACGAAACUGCCAAUCUGGAUAAUUUGAUUCGGUGCAACAAUAAUAAUGAGUGCAUAGUGAUCCAUAUGUACAUAUGUGUGUUUUAUUUUUAUGUGCACUAAGUAUGCAAUAUGUCUAUGCGAAUGGUAAUGCUGAUUAUCUGAUUAACGAUAAAGAGUGGAUCGAUAUCAAUUGGUAACUGUGAAGUAUUCACUGCAUCUGUGCUACUGCAAAGUUAUCAUGGUCUCAUAUCUGUUAAUGAUUUUCCUAUUGUGGAAUAUCUUUUCAUUGAAUCAAGCACAAUGGAAACCCUGCAUUGAGUUGAAACAGGAUUUUCUGGUGCCUUGCAAAUGUGCCAUAUCUAUGAAUUAUCCACCAUUAAUUGAAAUGGAUUGCGAUCGGGUAAUUUUUACGCGCGACAUGAUGAACAUCUUGCAUGAUCAGCCGAUCGUAUCGAUCAGCCAGAGGAAUUGCGGCUACCAGACUUUACCAGAAGAUCUUAUUAAUUCCGGUUUAAAUCUCAGGAAACUUGACCUGUCAAACAAUAUGAUCCAUCGGCUAAUGGAUCGUGUACUGCAACUGCAGAGUGAACUACACGAGCUCCGACUCGCUGAUAAUCUGUUGGGUGACAGUUUAAACCCAAUAUUUUCCAGCAAUGAAUUUCACAACAUGGAGAAACUCAAAAUACUCGAUCUCAGCAGAAAUGGUCUCAAAAGCAUUGAGGAAGGAAUUUUAAAAGGAUGCACUAAUUUGGAGGAGCUAUAUCUUGAUGGUAACAAUUUGACUGCGGUGCCUACUACUUCCUUGAAAGGUCCACGUGCCAUUAGAGUGCUAUCCUUGGCCCGAAACAAUAUCGAUUUUCUUCCACGAGAUUCUUUUAUAACAUUUAGCGAAUCACUAUUACGAUUGGAUCUCAGCUACAAUGAAUUGUCUCACAUGGAAGACAAUGCUUUUUUCGAUCUUCAACAUUUAUUAUUUCUCAGCAUUUCCCAUAAUUCUCUUAGCCGCUUCAACAGCGACGUCUUUAAAAGUGUAUCCAAUCUACUUCAUUUGGAUCUUUCAGCUAAUUUUCUCCAGGAGUUUCCUACCAACGCGCUAAGACACUUAACAAAUUUGAAAUUCCUAAAUAUUUCUAACAACCUGAUUACUGAAAUAGAACAAAUACACUUAUCACGCUUGACUGAGCUGCAAGUAUUGGAUUUUAGCCAAAACAAUAUAGGCCAGCUCGGAAUUAAUACGUUUUCCAAUCUUUCCGCUCUUACUAGACUGGAUCUGAGCCUUAAUGCGCUGCGUACGAUUGAAGAAUCAUCCUUUAUGGGCUUGACAAAAUUGAAAUGGCUAUCCUUAGAAGACAACAACAUUCUAUUGGUGCCAGCUUCAGCGCUCAUGCGAUUACCAUCCCUGGCACACUUGCAUCUGCAAUUUAAUCGCAUCGCCGCACUUUCCAUCGAACUAAUUCACGCCACAUCGAAGAAUCUUGUGACUAUCAGCUUGUCACACAAUCUAGUACGCGAGAUACAGCCCAGAUUGUUCUACAACUUCGAACAUCUUAUCGAUAUCAAACUCUCCGAUAAUAUGCUGUCAGUCAUUUCGCAAAACACAUUCGCUGGUCUGGAAGACACCUUGUUAAACCUCGAUAUAUCGUAUAAUCGAUUGACAACUAUCACUGAAUUGUCACUGAGGAAUCUGCUCUCGCUGAAUCUGGCAGGUAACCAACUAAAACGAUUAUCGCCGGAAACAUUCAAAUACUUACAUAGACUGAGGUAUUUAAACCUCAGUAGCAAUCCCUUAUACGGUGGCUUCCCGCCAGUAUUUCCCUCGUCCUUGAUCAAUCUCGACAUAUCGCAUACAGAGCUUAAGAUCCUACCGAGUGUAUUGCUGCUGAAUCUUGAAUCACUGGAGAAAAUCUUUCUUUCUGGCAAUCAGCUACAGGAAAUCAAUGGAGGCACCUUCCAGAAUUUCUACAAUCUCACAACAAUUGAUCUUUCGUAUAAUAGCAUCCAGCGCAUCGACAUUGGCGCUUUUGUCAAUCUUAUUAAUCUCUACUCGUUGAACUUGUGUGGUAACAAUCUCACGUUAUUUCUCGGUGAGCAUUUCAACACCGGCACGGGCUUAGAAAUCCUUGAUUUGUCAAACAAUCGUAUUAGUCAGCUGUCUCCAACAGCCUUUGUGAUCCAUCCGAGGCUUACGCGACUUGACCUCUCAAACAAUCAAUUUGUCCAGUUUUCGAGUGACUUUAUCAAGUCAUUGCAGUUUUUGAAAUGGCUGGAUCUGUCUAGAAAUAUGUUGCAUCAUGUGAACGAGUUUGCCUUCUCGCAGAUGGGAAGAUUGCGCAAUCUGGAUCUCUCCAAUAAUAGAAUUGAAUCGGUAGAUGAGCUGGCCUUUUACAACUCUACGCAGCUUCAAUUACUGGAUUUAUCUAACAAUAUUUUAGAAACGUUGAGCGAGCGCACCAUGGAGGGUCUAUCCCGAUUAGAAUUUUUGAAUCUAUGUAAUAAUCGACUUGCCUCGCUACCCGAGACCAUCUUCGAUCCCUCAAGGAUUCGCGAUAUUGAAAGGAUUGAUCUAUCUGGCAAUCGUUUCAACGAGAUACCAAUCCGCGCUCUGCAACGACAAUUGGCGUCACUGUUCAAUUUAAAAAUAGCUCGCAACCGGAUAGUGGAGAUGUUCACGCAAGUCAUCAUCAAUAAUGUAAAGGCACUUGAUCUCUCUGAGAAUCCAUUGAGCGAAAACGCAAUACGUGGCAUCUUGGGUGAGGCAAAGAUUCUACGAUCGUUGAAUCUCGCCGAUACGGGUAUCAGAACUAUUUCUAGGCUAGAGAUGCCAUUUCUGAAGCAUCUGAAUCUCUCAGGUAAUGCAAUCACAGAUAUUCAAUCGGUCACGUUGGAGCGCACUACGAUGCUAGAGAGCCUAGAUUUAUCGAGGAAUCGUUUAACAGAUUUUACAAAUCUGAUUAGUAGCUUUAAAACUCUAUCCGUACUCCAGAGUCUAGACAUCUCUAAUAAUGAAGUAAAGAACAUCAACGAGAGCAGCUUCGACAGAUUGGUCACGCUACGUUCCUUAAAAAUGGCAAACUUAGCGAAUAGUACCAGGAUCGAGAAAAACGCAUUUAAAUCGUUGAAAAGAUUACGAUGUCUACAUGCUUACAAUUAUCCUAAGUUGGGCUAUUUCGACAUACAAGGUAUUUUGAAGGAUAUGACAAAUCUAGAGACGCUGGACAUCGAGAUCAAAGACUCAUCAGUAGGUAACGAGCAGCUAUCAAUACACACUCAUCCUCGUCUGCAAGUAUUAACAUUGCGAGGGGAAAAACUGCGUAGUAUUUUCUCGAGCUCGCUGGUUGGUGUACGAGGAUUAAGAUUUUUCCUAGGUUUAAAAAAUACUUCCGUAGACUCGAUACCGGCUGCUCUCUUCUUUCCGGUGCCGCGUUCUACAAAGAUUGAAUUAGACGUUUCUGAUAACAAAUUCACCAAUUUAUCAGCUCAGCUAUUAGCCGCUUGGGACGAACGCGGAGAUUUCAUAAGAAUCAGCGGAUUAAAUAAUAACCCGAUCAAUUGCAGUUGCGAGGCAAAACAUAUAUGGAGAUGGCUCAAAUUGUCAGGCAAUAAAGCGCCUAUUGUUAUCUGUGCCAAUCCUGAACAUUUGGAGGGUGUAAUGCUCAACGAUCUUACAAAAGAGAAUUUCUUGUGCAAUCAUACUACGUCGACAAAACCGCAAAUGACGGAAACUACACUAUUGAUGAAAUCGACAACACACGAACCAGAAAUAAUUUGGACUGUCGCACCGAUGGUGCAAAAUAAUCGAAACAAACAUAUUGAUCAUACAAAUGCAUCCACAAUGGGUAAUAUUUCAAACACUGAUGAUACCCUCAUUAUCAGCAUUAUUGGCGGUGUAGUGGCAUUCAUCGCGAUCAUCGUUAUCGCAAUUUGCAUCUGCCGACUGCGAUGGAGCAGCCAAAUGCAAGAAACGAGAAUGACAACGAUGGGAACGUCAACCAUCCCCGAAGAAUCAAUGAUCCCUGAGGCGUCAAUUAUACGACCAACAAGUGCCUACUCAGGCAAGGUUAAUCAUCAUGAUCUAUACAUAGGCUCGUACAACAGCUCGACUUUAGAACGAGGCAGCAAUGGUUCGAUGCUACUGACUACUCCUAUGCAGAUGAUGCCCUAUACGCAAUCAAUACAUAUGAUGCAUGCUAUGAAUCCGUCCUCGCCCUCACUGUCUACGCAGCAAAUCUAUGAAUAUUAUGACAAUUCACCUCUUCCCAUAUACGUUACAGAGAGCAAAAUAGACAAAUAAUUGAUGUAG